CAAGGAAAAGUUUGUUUGUUUGUUUCAAUACAGUGAUUCGAACUCCGUCUCGUUUCGAAUAGAGACGAAGAAAAACACGUAAAGAAAGAAAGAAAAAGAGAAAAAGAGUAGAUAAAGAAGAACAACCACAACAACAAAAACCUAAAAUCAAUAUUUCGAAAUAUCUCUUCCAGUUCCAAUCUCGUAGAAAUAAAAGAAAGGAAAAAAUAACAAGACAAUGUAUCACGAACCCCAACAUGAACACAGGAGAUUCACGUAGUCCGAAACAGUGACUGCCUCGACUCCCUUUUAAAAGCCCGUUGGGUAUCAUCAUGCCCAUGUUUUCUGCGGGGUUUGGGCAUGAAAAAGGCUGCUUUCCUCGGGUGCAACAUAUAACUGACAUUUUAGAAGACGAAGUUGACAUCUUGCCAUCCCAGCUUAAGACAGUGGUGGAAGGGAGUGGCAAGCUCGACUUUGGAGAGUAUGAGCUUGAACUUUGGGAUCUGAGGUAUAACUCUAUGCUUCAAGGACACGUCAAGAAAAUGCAGGGUGGACGGAAUAACAGUAAAUCAUGGUUGUGCGAUUGGCUCAGACCCAUGUGCCUGCCAAUAACAAUCAUCGUCACAUUGUCAAUGCUGAUUGUUGUGGUAGCCAUACUGGAUGACAAUGUGACAAACAACGAGGCCAAGCAGUUGAAUUGUAAUAAGUGCAGUUUCCAGUUGGUUGAGAGCAUCCCGGAGAACCUGACAUACACACCUGGGAGUGUGCGUUAUCCAAGUAUCUACAAUGCAUGGGUUACUCUCAUCAACAGUGCAGAAACCUCCAUCGAUAUUGCGGCCUUCUAUUGGACGCUCUUGUCUGUGGAUGUUGGAAAGAAGCCCCAUCCAUCUGCUUGGGAAGGAGAGGAUGUCUUGCAUCGUCUUAAUGUCACUGGUCAACGCCCAAAUAUAGCAAUUAGAAUAGCUCAGAAUGCACCAUCAAGAGUGUCUCCGCAGCGUGACAGUGCAAUGCUGGCAGAGGCUGGGGCAGCAGAGGUUCGAAGUGUGAAUUUCUCACAUUUAAUGGGUGCUGGCGUUCUGCAUACAAAGAUGUGGAUCGUUGAUGGCAAACACAUUUAUCUCGGAAGUGCAAAUAUGGAUUGGCGAUCCCUGACACAGGUCAAGGAAGUUGGUAUCUUGAUUACAAAUUGCUCGUGCUUGGCUGAAGACAUGAGCAAGAUCUUUGAGGUAUACUGGCAAUUGGGCAAGAAAGGAGCGGAGAUUCCUGCUGUUUGGCCUCGCGACUUGCAGACAGAAUUCAACAUAGAGAACCAGAUGUCUUUACCUCUCAGUGGGGCUGAAGUAAAAACUUAUCUCUCUAGUUCUCCACCACCAUUCUGCCCAAAAGGGAGAGCCAAUGACAUAGAUGCUAUUGUUGAUGUUAUAAACAAAGCAGAGAAGUUUGUGUACAUUGCAGUUAUGGAUUACUUCCCCAGAAUGCUGUACUCCAAAGUCAAAAAGUUUUGGCCAGUUAUUGAUGACAGGUUACGUGCUGCUGCAUACGAGAGGAAGGUGCGCGUGCGUCUCUUAGGAUCACACUGGAACCACACCCGAGAUGACAUGAAAUAUUUCCUGAAGUCUUUGCAGGACCUUUCAAGCACAUCCACUGGAAUAGACAUCGAAACCCGCUUGUUUGUAGUGCCAGCAUAUACUGAUGAACAGCGGAGGAUUCCAUUUGGCCGUGUAAACCACAACAAAUACAUGGUGACAGAUAAUACAGCCUAUAUAGGAACAUCAAACUGGAGUGCGGACUAUUUCAUAAACACCGGUGGCAUCGGGCUGAUUGUGAAUGAGACAGAUUCAGCAGUGACAAAAGGCGCCGAAGGAAACCCUGGGGCUCCUUCCCUUCGGCAGCAACUUCAAGCUCUGUUUGAAAGGGACUGGACCUCGGAACAUGCAAAGCCCAUCGAUGAAUUCUUUUAAUUUGGAUGUGAGAGUUUGAAGACUGAGUGUUUUAUCUAUCGUAGGGUUUUAUUAUUAUUAUGAUUAUAAUUAUUAUUGUUAUUAUUACUAAUAUUAUCAUUAUUAUUAUUAUUAUUAUUAUUAUUGUCAUUGACUAUAUCUUUGAACCCAUUAACUUGCUUGUUUUAUUUAUUUCUAUUUGGGUUUUCAUAUAUAUAGAUUUACAUGUUGCUCAUUCCAUCACUUCCACUUACUGUUACUUACUGAUACUGUUGAAAGAAGAGAUUUUAUUGAAGAAUAUAAUUAUACAAACAAGAUAAAUCAGGAUGUUAAGCAGGCAUUUCAUGUUACAUGGAUAUCACUGAAAAGUUAUUAUUUGAGUUAUUGGUUUUUAUUUUUGAUAUUUCCGCCAAGUUUAAUUGAUAAGUAGGGAUAGCGUAUAUUCCUCUCAUCUUUUUUUUCUAAACAAUGUGAUAAGAAUGUGAUUUUUUAGUAUAUAUUACUGUUUUGGUCUGUUUUUAAUGUUUAAUGAAUUCCUUUUGUAUGUGUUAGAACUUUCACCAGACAUUACAAAUGUUAUUUAAUUUCCAGGGCAAUAAUGUUUGGCAAAAAGCUUUAGCAAUGGUGAAUUAUUACCGGAAACAGUUCACUGACUUUCUUCUGAAAUUUGAAUGGAUAGAGUGAAACAGAAAUUGAUCUGUAAUAUAACUAUGAAUGUAAUUAUUCCUUUUUUCAGAGUGCAUUUCCAAGAAAGGAAAAGUUGAAUUGGUAAAUAAAAAAAGUCUGUGCCAUUUAACCAGUGAGUGGUAAAUUGUUACAACUACAGUAUAAUUGAAUGACUAUAGUAUUUGUAACAAGGACAGACUUAAUUUUAAAUAAAGAAGAGGCUAAAAAGGUAUUAUCAAAGUCCUUGAUUCUAAAAUUAAAAAUAGAUAAGCAGAAUAUUCUGUUCUUAUUUACAAUUCAUUCAUUUCAAUUUUGUUUUUGUCAUACACAUGAGUUUAAUUUAAAUGUGCCUCCAAUUUUUACUUUUAAUCAGGAAUAUUAUUAAUAGAGAUGCCGUGAGUGUAGAGCACCUAAUUAAAUCAUUUGUGAUUUACAGGUAGAAUUUUUGUGAUUGGAGAUGUAUAUAGCAUUAAUUGUUAAUUUACUUUUGUAUAAUGACAGCAAAGUGAUGACGCUUUUUACAGUGAAAGUCUUUGAAACCUUGAUAUAGAUGAAAGAUAGUGGGAUUUUGUUUUUCAUGGUUUAUCUAUAGAGGUUAUUGUCAUGAUAAUAUUCCUUUUGCAGUUUUAAAAUGUCCAUGACAGUAUGAAGACUUUAAACCAGUGGUUCCCUUUCUCAAACCAUCACAUCUGCGACCCCCAGCAUAAGCAGUUCCUUGUAUAUUUUCCUUUUUUAGCCUAAGAGAAUUAAAAGGUUUAUCAAGGGGCUUUAUUAGAUUUUGAAGUUUGUCUUGAACAGAGGGUUAGAAAGUUUUUUUUUUUUUCUUCUUUUUAUAUCUGUUUAUCUAGACUUCACUGGCAUUCCUUUUGCUUUGAAUGAAUUGUGUCUUUUAUAAAUCUGUUUCACCUUUGUUAAGGGAUUGUUCCUAACAAGAACUCUUUUUAUGGUAAAAUAGCAAAUUUAUUGUGAUUGUGGUUCAGAUAUUUUUUCCUUGUAUUUCUUCAGUGAUAUGGGUUCUUUACAAGCAUGGAAAUAUACUACAUAAUUCAUAAUCAAUAAUUUAUCAAGUGUUCAUACAUAUUUUGAAUUCAUGAAGAUAUACCACUUUUCAUUGUAUGUGAAUACAUAUCGUUUAUGUUGUACUAAUCAAUAUCAAUUUUUUAUAAUAAAGGAUUGUAUUAGCAGAUGGAAAAUACUCAAUUUUAAGAUUUGUGUAAUGAAUUAAGUAGAAAAAGGGCUAUUAUUUAAUUGCUUUCAUUGGAAUUUACUAUAAUUUGUUAACAUGACUCUUUAAGUGCAAAGUAAAUGUCAAAAUUGAAGCUUAAAUUUAACCCAAUGUCAAGGGGUAAAUGUCAUGUUCACUUUAGUAUUGUUUUGUUAAAUUUUUCUCUACGUAGAUGGCCCUUCCCGUGCUUAGCCACAAAGAAGUCAAUUGAUAGACCUUGUGACCUCACCUUUCCUUGAAAUAGCAGAAAAACCCUUUUUUAGCUAAUGCUAUCAAUAUUGACAGUUAUUUUUAUUGUAAACAAUAUAAUUACUCUAUUGUUAUUGACAUUAAUUACUAAACAGCAGUAUUAAACACUAGAAUUUUUUUUUCGAAAAUCAAGGAAAAGGGUAAACAGGUGAGAGAUAGUUCUCGUAAUUGGCUCAUUGGUGACUUAGUACUUGUGGAGCCAUCUAUAUGGAAAAACAAUUACUAAAUUAAACACACAAUAGGCAUGGCAUGUAUGCACAUGCCAUCCCCGGCACCAAGUGGUUAAUAUCAUAUAUAUUUUGCAGUGUAUAUAUUUUUAUAAUAAGAAUGUACUCCAUUCAGAAGUUUGUCUUUGUGAAAUUAUUCAUUACCAUUGUAAUCAUUUUAUAAGAAUAAACAGGAUAACUGUC